AUGAGGCAAUUAGCUGCAAGGACUGGCGAAGGAGGCCAGCGAGCGGGUAAGGUAAUUCAUGACUACAGCUCUCAGUUUCAACAUGAAUUUGUGACAUUACUUAGCCGGAGGUUUGGCACCCGUCGCGUGCUUGCCAAUACUGUUUACCAGGAAUACAUCCAGGAUCGGCAUCAUAUACAUAUGAACGCAACGCGGUGGGUCUCGCUCUCAGAGUUUGUCAAGUUUUUGGGCCGCGCAGGAAUUGCGAAAGUGGAAGGAAGUGAGCUGGGCUGGUUCAUAUCUUGGAUUGACACGUCGUCUACUGCUCGUGCGCGCCAAGAUGCUAUUAAGAAAAUGGACCGUGCAAAAAUAGACGAUGAACAACGCUCGCGCAAAGAGCUCGAUGAACAAAUUCGACGAGCUCAAGAGCAAUACGCCCAAAGUCACGAACCCGCUUCAGCUUCGAUUCUUCCCGGAACAACAAGUGGCAUUUUGCGACAAGACUCGCAACUUCCUGUCAAACUUUCUUUAUCUCUCUCCAAAGAGUCAGCGUCAGGAGCAGAGGACCGGCCUUUACCAUCGAAGGUCGAGUCUCGCACUUCACGGUCGAUAUCCGAGAGUCCGCCAACAAUACUUCCGAAGCGCACGAAUCCACUCAAGGCUGCAUCAAAAGCUUCCGAGAGAAAAGCUACUACUCACGCUACGUCUGUGAACGAUACUGGUGAUGUACCUUUGAGGAAACGUCCACCACCAACACACUUGGGAGCUGCUGAGCGAAUUAUACUGGAGGAGCAAGCGAGCAAACGAUCAAGUGGACCUACGAUGCAGCCUGGCGUGAAGCGUUCACGGUUUUAA